UUGAAUUGGAGAUAACGUUCUUUAUUGCUACAUUUCUUCAACUUGUUAUCUCACACUUUAUUUUGUUGGAGUAAAGCUACUCUACAUAGAAAUAUUAUUUUUGAAAUAACAGUUGAAUAAAAUACAAUGAGUUCAGUUUUGAAACCUGAAACUAGUUCUGAUUUCAAUACACAUCUUGCAAAGAAGUUUAAAAAAAAUUAUGAUCUUUCAUGUUCUGAAACAAAUCCUAUCAAAAAUGAAAAGAAUUGCGAAAACUCUGAAAAAUUGGAAAAUUUGAACCGGAAUUCUUCCAAUUACUCAAACGCUUUAUCUUUUGAUUCCAAAAAUAUAACUACUAAAGAUGAAAAUAGCGAUUCCUGUGAAAACCAAAGACUAGAAAUAAUCAAUUUCAAUUGGCGAAUUAUAACUGGUGAAAACUUGAAGUUAAGGUAUGCAGAAAUUUUUUCUAGAUCGUCAUCAAAACAUAUAAUGACUAGACUUGAAAAAGAAGUAGAAUAUUAUAGCGGAGAUUUGUUAAAGGUUAGGGUUUAUGGGAAGUGGCAUGAAAUUCCACGCAAGCAAGUAGCUUUUGGAGAUGAUGGUUUAUCAUACAAAUUUUCUGGCAAUUGCCUUCCAUCUAAACCAUGGGAAACUUGUCCCAUUAUUUUUGAAUUAAAAAAAUGUGUGGAAUCUGUUGUUGGUUAUUCAUUUAAUUUUGUGCUUGUAAAUAGGUAUAAAGAUGGUUCUGAUCAUAUGGGUGAGCAUCGAGAUGAUGAGAAGGAACUUGAUCCUCAUACACCAAUUGCAUCGUUAUCAUUUGGAGCAGUUAGAGAAUUUAUCUUUAGGCAUAUGGAUACCCGAGGAAAAAACGCUAAAUCGAAUAUUCAAAAAAAGAAAAUAGAUUUGCACCCUGGUAGCUUGUUGUUGAUGGAAUUCCCUACUAAUCGGUUUUGGUAUCACAGUCUUCCAUCUAGAAAAAAUGUGUUUGGUGUGCGUGUCAAUUUAACUUUCAGAAAGAUGAUUAAAUCAUAGUGAUUAUUAAAUGUACUUUUAAACUGGAGGCAAUAUAUUUUUGCAAGAAAAUCAUUUUAUGCGAAGCUGUUGAGAGAUUGAAAUGUUUAUCUGUAGUUAUCAAAAAAUAAUUAAAUUAGAUUGGUUGUUAUAUGAAGUAAAGGAAGUUUUUAUAAAAUGAGAAAGAAAUUGAAUGUGCUUUUAUUUUUAUUUCGUUAUUUUUUAUUUUUAUUUUUUCAUAUUUUUACUAAUGAUUUAAUUAAACUUUGUAUAAAUUGAAUGUGUUUGUGAUAUGUCUUAUAGAUUUAGUAAAUUGUGGCAAUUCUGGGCAACUGCAGAUCACAAACUUUUUUUCAAGCCGUGAAAAAUUGAGAUCUAAUAAAAAUGUUUUCUUUAAAGUUAAAACAAAGGUUCUAAAACUGUUGUACUACUAAGCGUUUUUUAAAAUUUCUCAUGCCUAGUAGAAAUAUAGAUCAUCUAAUAAAUGUGCAUGAUUUUAAAAUCAUUAUUAAUCAGAAACAUUAUUUUGUAGAAUGCAAUUUGAUAUGUAUCAGAAUUUUGAAUUUAAAGUAUUGUGCUAAAAUUUACAUAUCUAAUAUAAAAAAGAGCUUUUAUUGUAAAGAACAGUAAAUUUAGAGCAUUUGGAAGUGCUUGUUCUUUUCAUUAGAACUUUAAGGUUUUGCAGUGUUUACUGGAAACUCAGAACUGUUUUUAAAUUUUUUAAAAGAUUUUUUAUAAUUAUUAAUACGAUUGCCAUUUAAAUUAAUUUGAAAUUGUUUGUAUUUUUAUAUAUUUUUUAUUUUGCAGACUUAUUGCAAACUUACUCAAGUCUUUUUAGAAAUUGUAAGCAUUACCCCUCCUCUUUUCAAAUUUGACAUUCAUGUGAAUUUCUUGUUUUAGAGUUUUGAUUUUUGAAAAACUUUAUUCUACAGAUUUGCAAAUUUAUGAAGAAUCUUUCUAGUUAAGGUUUUUAACAAUGUAGUGGAUCUUUUUUUUUUUUCCCUUCAUGAUGUUAAAGUCGUUGAAAAGAUUGGUUAAUGAUAUAUUUACAAAUGAUGUGGUAAUAAGUUUUAAGUUAAAAAUGCAUUAAACAUUUUUGCACCUCUUACUUUAAACUUCAAAAAGUGAAUUUGAAAUUUUUCAAAAUAGAUAUAUUCAAAAAUGAGCUUAAACUGUAUACUCAAUAUUUUUUAUUACAAAUUAUAAGUAAUAUUAACAACCAAGGUUCAUCAAGUUGUUUAAAAUUCAUUUAUCACAGUUAUUAUUAGUUUCUGGUUGUUCUAAGUACAUGAAACAUUUUCUGCUAAUCAUACUUUUGCUUUAAUUAAAUUGAUUUUUGAAAAGUU